AAAAACAAACUCCCAACACUGCAGUAGCACGCACGCAGGCAGGCCUCUCGAAUGGUGCCAACCAUGACAGCUGGGAACGUCACGAGCCAAGCGCUGUGGUUCCGACCGGUGACGCCCACUCCGACUCGCUCCAGCGGUACAGCCGCCACCCUCCCCCCCCGAAUCCGAAUGGCCGGAGGAGCAGCAGCCUGGCCCAGGCUCGCCACCACUCUCGCGCGCUCCCUCGCCGCCCGCCACCGUCCCCUCCCCUGCCCCGACCUCCUCACUUCCUCCUCGCCGCGAGGUUUUGCAAACAUGGGUGAUUCAGUUCAAAAGAGUGGCAGUGCCGAUACUACACGGGUUUUGUUCUGUGGACCGUAUUGGCCUGCUUCUACUAUCUACACCAAGGAGUAUCUCCAGAAUCAUCCAUUUAUCCAGGUUGAUGAAGUAGGUCUGGAGGAGGUACCUGAUGUUAUUCAAAACUAUCACUUAUGUGUAGUAAAAAAUCGACGUGUAGACUCAGAUGUCAUUGCCAAGGCAAAUCAGAUGAAGAUCAUUAUGCAGUAUGGUGUUGGAAUAGAAGGUAUCGAUGUGAAUGCUGCUACAAAACACAAAAUUAAAGUUGCACGGAUACCUGGAAGUACAACAGGAAAUGCAAUCUCUUGUGCAGAAAUGGCAAUCUAUCUUACUCUCGGUGUUCUAAGGAAGCAAAAGAUGAUGGAUACUGCUGUGAAAUGUAAGGAUCUGGGCAUUCCAGUUGGAGAUACAAUAUUUGGAAAAUCAGUCCUUAUCUUGGGAUUUGGAGCCAUUGGAGUAGAAGUUGCCAAGAGGCUCAGACCUUUUGGAGUAAAAAUUCUUGCUACCAAACGAAAUUGGUCAUCUGAUACAUUGCCAUGUGAUAUAGAUGAGCUGGUCGAUAAGAAGGGUGGGCCAGAGGAUAUGUAUGAAUUGGCUGGAGAGGCUGACAUAGUUAUAACAUGCUUGCUAUUGACAAAAGAAACAGUUGGAAUCGUGGAUCAUAAGUUCCUCUCGGCAAUGAAAAAGGGAUCAUACCUGGUCAAUAUUGCUAGAGGAGGUCUACUGGACUACGAUGCUGUAUUUAAUCACCUGAAAUCAGGCCAUUUAGGUGGUUUGGGCAUUGAUGUUGCUUGGACGGAACCAUAUGAUCCAGAAGAUCCAAUUUUGAAGUUCCCAAAUGUUAUUAUAACGCCGCACAUUGCUGGAGUCACGGAAUAUUCUUAUAGGACGAUGGCAAAGGUUGUUGGUGAUGUCGCCCUCAAGCUUCAUUCAGGCGAGCCAAUCACCGAAGUAGAAUUUGUGAACUAGGUCAUGAAAUGCGAGGCACAGGUGGGGCAUUGUGGAUUCAUUCCAAACGGCCACAAUUUAGUUGGUCAUAGUGUCAAAAGUGCUUUGCCCCUAGGUGAAUAAUUGAUCAUUGAAUCGCCUAUCCCUGUAAUUCAUCAACUAUGCCAUUCUGUUGUGAUAUAUGCUUGCAUGUCCCUCUAUCCAUAUGAACAUGGCAAGAGGAGCAGCAUGCAUAACGACGUGUGUUGAAGAGCAUUCUGCAGUAAUGUUCUUUCCCUACAAUUUUUUUUAGUUUUUUCUUGGCUUUUAUAUAUGCACAUAUUUUUCAAACUGUUAAAUGUUAUAUUUUUUAAAGUUUGUAUGAAAAACUUCGCCUUUUCACAUUUUAAAAAGAGUGAAGUUCAUCAGC